AUGCAUACUAUGAGUCAAGUGUUUGUAGAGGAAGGAACAGAUGGUAUUUUACUGAUAGAUGCAAUCAAGGCCUUUAACCAAAUGAACAGAUCCGUCGCCUUGCAUAACAUCCAGAUAACCUGUAAGGAAAUGUCACUUUACAUCAGUAACACCUACAGAAGCCCGUCAAGGCUCUAUAUUUGCGGCGGAGGUGAGAUAUUUUCACAAGAGGGUACAACGCAGGGGGAUCCCUUGGCCAUGCCCUGGUACUCGGUCAAUUCAUCUAUCAUGAUCCAGAGCUUAAGGACAAGCACACCAGGUGUUAAACAAGUAUGA